GCAGCAGUCCAUGCUGUGCAGCCGUUUGUUUUUAUUUUUGGCAGCCGGUGACUACUGCCGGCGGUAGCAUUCCACACGAAUAGAACAGUUUUUACUGUAGAAUAAAUAACAUUGCUAGUUUUCCUGAGACUAAUGUGAAAUAAUGUUGAAUUCUCGUAUUUUUGGUAUCCCAGUGCCAGUGCCUUUAUUGAUUAUAGCAUAGUCAUGAAGAAAAAAAUAUAGACCGGAAACAAGAAGUGCUAUUACCAAGGUGCUAUAUUACCAAAAAGAACAUGCGAUAAAAGUUAUCUUCCUUCAUGUUAGGCUAUUAGAUAGUUCAAACACCAAAUCAUGCUAUUCCUCAAAGGAAAAUGGAAAAUUUAUAAUUAUAUUCGUAUUUCUAACCAAGGAGGAUACCUGAAAAAAUGUGUGAUUGUAUUUGUUUUAAUUUCUGUGAUUUUGCUAUAUUCGUCCUACACACAAGUGCCAUUGAGGGAACCCGACAAACCAAAAUUCAUUUCAACAGAGAAAAUAAUUCCAUUCGAGGGAAAUCUGAAUUAUCUGAUCAAUACGUCCACCUGUCGAAUUCCAGACAACGAUCCAUUUAGCGAAGACAUCGUCGAUUUCAUCGUGGUCGAAAAAUACGAGUCCUGCUCGAAAUUAAGUCUGUUGACUUACAUCGAAAAAAGCGACGGACUGCCUACGUUGCGUGUUAAUACAAGUCAGCUGCCACUCUACAGUUCGUCCGACGUCUCAUGCUGUUAUUCAAAUAUCACAAGAAUCAAUUACGCCGAAGCAGUUGAUAAUGAAAUAAAGCUUACUCCUUGUGAACCGUUCCAGUAUUCAGUCAAUCUAUCUUUUCCCUACAUCAAAGUAGUAUGUUCCGACAAGUUCAAAUAUGUCUAUGCCAAUGUCCAUGCCACAACUAUUCCACUGCACAAAGAAAAAGAUGCUACAAACACGAGCAACAGAAACAAAUUCAGCAUCCUGUUAGUCGGAAUAGACAGUAUGUCGAAGUCGAAUUUGAUACGUACAAUGCCAAAGACUUUCUCAUACGCCAACAAACAUUUCAUAAGUUUGAGAGGAUACAACAAAAUAGGCGAUAAUACCUUCCCGAAUUUGAUGGCACUCAUGACAGGAUACAGUAAAGAACAGCUAGACGUAUUUUGCAACAUGUCGGUCAAACUAAACAAUUGUCGCUUCAUUUGGGAUGCUUUCAAGGACUCUGGUUACGUAACUGCCUAUGCCGAAGACGAGUGCGAUAUCAACACUUUCAACUAUGACAGACCGGGGUUUUCGGCUCCCCCUACUGAUUUCUACUAUCAUCCGUAUAUCCUAGCUUCGGAAAAGUUGCCUGUGAAGAAACGGUACGAAAGAACAUUCUGCUCCGGGCCGGAAACAUCAGGGGAAAGGAUUCUGAACGCCGCCAGAGAUUUCGCUGUAAGCUUCAAGGGUGUGCCUAGUUUCGGUUUGUUCUGGAUGAACAGUUUCAGUCAUGAAAACGUGAAUCUGCCAGGUGCUAUGGACGAGCCAGUUCUGAGGUUUUUGAGCGAUCCUGGCACUCUGUAUGCCUGGAAUGAUACGAUAUUAGUAUUUUUUAGCGAUCACGGAUUCCGAUUUGGCGACAUCAGACAUACUCAUUCUGGUUGGCUGGAAGAAAGAUUGCCAUUCAUUUAUUUCGGCUUCCCUAGCACAUUUAUUGAAUCGUUUCCAGAGCGUUACGAAAUUUUCUUGCAGAAUUCCAAUAGACUCACGACACCUUAUGACGUGUUCAAUACUUUCCAAGAGAUUCUGAAAAUAGGAAAUGAGUCCCACGUAGCUGUUAGAAGUGAGGGUUGUCCGAAAUGCCAAUCUUUAUUUAAAAAAGUGCCUGAAAAUAGAACUUGUGAAGACGCUUCUAUCGAACAACAUUGGUGUACUUGUACUGGCCACCACUAUGUCAGUCCCAAAAAUGCUCUAGUGGUACUUGUGGCUCAAUUCAUUGUCGACGAAAUCAACGAAAUAGUGAAUACUGCUUCAAAAAGCUAUCUUUGUGAUGUUUUGACAAUCGAGAAAAUUAUUACCGCUGGUAUGUCAGAUUCUUACGUCGAUGAGAAGAACGAGACUGUUCGUUAUUUCUUGAUAAUGAUUGAGACCAAUCCCAAUGCCAUGUUUGAAGCUACUGUGAAAUCGUAUAUAGGAGUGGAUAAGUAUGAGUUGAUGGGUGAAAUUAGUAGGAUAGACAGAUAUGCUGACGUGUCUCGCUGUAUUCAGAAUGGUUCUUUGAAAAAGUACUGUUACUGUAAGGGAACCGUCAGUUACUUAAAAAGUGCCAUCAAGUAUUUAUUUUCUUGAGUAUAUUUUUUCUUGUGGAAAUAUAUUUUCCUAAUAGGAGAUUAUUAAUCGUUGAGAUUCAAAAGUUAUUGUGUGCGAUCUAGUGUCAUCAUUUACCAUCCGACAUUCGAAAAAUAUUUAUAUUCAAAUGGAAUUUACGACCUAAUUUGUGAUGGCAAAUAUGUGUGAAUGUGCUUUCCAGAAUACCUAGGUACCAUUAUUUCACAUAUUCUUGAAAUAUGCUAAGGAAAAAUGAAGAAUUAUUUCAUUCUGAUGGGAAGUGGCUGGAGUUGAAAACGUGAAUGUAUCCAGUGUCUAUGGACGAAUCAGUUUUGAGGUUCUUGAGAGAUCCUGGUUUCCGUCUGACUUCUUGAAGGAUACGAUAUCAGAAUUUUUCAGCGAUGACCCUUUUCAAUUUGAUGCGACGUCAGAAAUACUCAUUCUGGUUGGCUGUAACCAAGGUUGCCGAUUAUUUAUUUCGGCUUCCCUUACGUGUUCAAUACUUUCCAAGAGAUUUUUAAAAUUGGAAAUGAGUCUCACGUAGCUGUUAGAAAUCAGGGUUGUUCAAAAUGCCAAUCUUCGUUUAAAAAAGUGGUGUUCAUUGGUGUACUUGUACUGGUCACCACUAUGUCAGUCAAAAAAAUGCUCUAAUGGCACUUAUGG